AUGCCGCCGCCGCCGCCGCCCCACGCGACACACACCCGCCGCACGCGCCGCCGCCCGGCGCCGCGACGUCACCUCCCCGCGCCGGGGCCUCGCGCGCGCGGCGGCCUACGCCCGGCCCCGCCGCGACGUCACCUCCCCGCGCCGGGGCCUCGCGCGCGCGGCGGCCGCCGCCCGGCCCCGCCGCGACGUCACCUCCCCGCGCCCGGGGCCUCUCGCACGCGGCGGCCUACGCCCGGCCCCGCCGCGACGUCACCUCCCCGCGCCGGGGCCUCGCGCGCGCGGCGGCCGCCGCCCGGCCCCGCCGCGACGUCACCUCCCCGCGCCGGGGCCUCGCGCGCGCGGCGGCCGCCGCCCGGCCCCGCCGUGACGUCACCUCCCCGCGCCCCUGCCGUCGUCGCGGCGCGUCUGGCCGGGGCCAUGCGGCUGGCGGCUGGCGGCAUGGCGCUCUUCCACGUCGCGCGGUACGCGGGCCCCGAGGCGGCGGGGGCGGGCGCCGAGGCCGACGGCCGGGCGCGCGCGCUGCUGGAGCGGCUGCAGCGCCGUGCCCGAGAGCGGCAGCAGCGAAAGCAGCCGCAACAGCAGCAGGCCGCGCGGGCGGCGGGGCGGCGGCGGCGGCGGCCGCGCAGAGCGCGCAGGCGCGAGGGCGGCGGGGCCCCGGGGAGCCCGCGCGCGCCGCGGGGGAAGCGGCGGCGAGUGGACGGCGAGGACGAGAGCGCAGGGAGCCGCGAAGAGGCGCGCCGGGAGAGCGGCGCGGGGCCCCCCGGCCAGGCCCCGCUGCUCGGGGGCCUCGGGAGGAGCAGGGCGCCCAAGGUCCAGCCUUUCCUGCCGUCAUGGUUGGCUGAGCCGAGCUGCGUUGGAAAGAGUGUCACUGAAGGUUUGGUGCCUAUCGAGGACAUCCCUGAAGUCCACCCUGACAUGCAGAAGAAACUGCGGGCUCAUGGCAUAUCGUCCUACUUCCCAGUCCAGGCAGCAGUGAUUCCUGCCCUCCUGGAGAGCACGGCCAACGGGUUUCUCGUGGCCAGAGGUGGCUACCGGCCCAGUGACCUUUGUGUCUCUGCCCCAACGGGCAGUGGGAAGACUUUGGCCUUUGUCAUUCCAGUGGUACAGGCCCUAUUACGUCGAGCUGUUUGCCAGGUCCGUGCUUUGGUUGUGCUGCCCACCAAGGAGCUGGCCCAGCAGGUGAGCAAAGUGUUCAACAUCUACACAGAUGCCACUCCUCUGCGUGUCGCCCUGAUCACUGGGCAGAAGUCGCUGAUCAAAGAGCAGGAGAGUCUUGUCCAGAAGACAGCAGACGGCUUCCGCUGCUUGGCUGACGUGGUGGUGGCCACUCCUGGCCGCCUGGUGGACCACAUCGACCAGACCCCAGGAUUCAGCCUCCAGCACCUCCGCUUCCUGGUCAUCGAUGAGGCCGACCGCAUGGUAGACAGCAUGCACCAGUCCUGGCUGCCCCGGGUGGUGGAGGCAGCCUUCCCGAGGGACGGGGCCAAGGAGCCCUUCGCUCUGCUCCAGAGGCGGCAACCCCGGGCCACGACGGCCGCCAGUAUUUCUUGUCCUCAGAUGCCACUGCAGAAGCUGCUCUUUUCGGCCACCCUGACGCAGAAUCCUGAGAAGCUGCAGCAGCUGGGCCUCUACCAGCCCCGGCUCUUCUCCACGGGGCUGACGUACAAGGGCCCCAGAGACACUGACGAAGAUGGGGAUUCCGGCGGGAAGUACACCUUCCCCGUAGGGCUCUCGCACCACUACGUGCCCUGCAGCCUCCGCACUAAGCCACUGGCCAUCCUGCAUCUGAUCCUGGAGAAGGAUUUCUCCAGGGUCCUCUGCUUCACCAACUCCCGCGAGAACUCACACAGGCUCUUCCUGCUCGUCCAGGCUUUCGGAGGUGUGAGCGCGGCUGAAUUCUCCUCCCGCUGCGGGCCCGGCCAGAGGAAGGCGGUCUUGAAGCAGUUUGAGCAGGGCAAGGUUCAGCUCCUCAUCAGCACAGACGCCACCGCUCGAGGCAUUGACGUGCAGGGCGUGCAGCUGGUGGUCAACUAUGACGCCCCCCAGUACCUGCGUACCUACGUCCAUCGGGUCGGAAGAACCGCCCGCGCUGGAAAAACUGGACAGGCCUUCACGCUGCUCCUCAAAGUGCAGGAGAGGAGGUUCCUCCGCAUGCUAGCCGAAGCUGGGGUGCCGGAGACGGCGCGGCACGACAUCCCUGGCGAGCUCCUGCAGCCGCUGGUCCCGCGGUACGAGGCGGCCUUGUUCCAGCUGGAACAAGCCAUCAAGGAAGAGCGAAGGCAGAAGGCGCCCUGACGGGCUCGGGGAACAGGCGGGCUGAGCCCACCACAGAGCAGACCCUUCUCAGCCCGUGCCUCCUGCUGGGCCUAGCCACCUCCUUUCCGGAAAAAUCUUGAGCAGUGGCUGCUGGAUACGUGAGCAAAAGACCUGAUUCCUUGGGUUUCGGAAGGAACAGCCAGCGGAAAGGGCCUCCUCCUGCCAGGCUCUGGACAUGGUCGCUGCAGCAGGCCUGGCGCCAGGCAAGCUCGGGCCCGGAGGAAGCCGCUCAGGUUACUGCAGACCUGACGGGCAGCGUCUGGGGCGUAGCCUUGGGCCCGUUAGGGGACCCUGGGUGUCCUCAGGACGUCUGCCGCCCUCCGUCCUGCACAUCGUGAGCCGUUCCGGGCGCCGUCCCAGUGCGAAGUGUCUCCGCCCACACGGCGUGGGCACAGCCCCGACCGCGCAGCGGGGGUCUCCACACGGGGCCGAGGCCAACCUCACUGCACACCAGAACGUGCGUCGGGAGCGUAACGGAAAACAGGCUUCAGGAGCGCUGACCCGCUGUUGGCGUAAAGGUUUUGUUUUCAGAAUCAUAUGCUGCUAUUAAAACAAACUUUAAAAAGCCA